AAUUCUGUUUCAGUAAUCGCCUGUAUAUCUUGUACAUCACAUCAAGCUUGACAAUUUCAUAGUCCCUGUAGGUUCUGUACUGUUCUCCAAAAUAUAAACGUUAAGUCCUUUACUGGAAAAAUGUGAAAAGUUGCCAAAAUGACUCUGUGAGAAGUCUUUAUAUUAGAGAACAGACCCCCCUGGCCUGGCACAGAUGUUGAUGCCUAAGAAAAACCGCACUGCCAUCUAUGAGCUUCUUUUCAAGGAGGGUGUGAUGGUGGCCAAAAAGGAUGUACAUCUGGCCAAACACCCAGAGUUGGCUGACAAGAAUGUGCCCAACCUGCACGUCAUGAAGGCUAUGCAGUCGUUGAAAUCUCGUGGUUAUGUAAAGGAACAAUUCGCCUGGCGUCACUUCUAUUGGUACCUCACUAAUGAGGGUAUCCAAUACCUGCGGGAUUUCCUGCACCUGCCCCCUGAAAUUGUGCCCGCUACCCUCCGUCGCCAAACACGUCCUGAGACAGCCAGGCCAAGACCCAAAGGCCUGGAGGGGGAGAGGCCGACCCGCCUGGCCCGUGGAGAAGCAGACAGGGAUGCGUACCGACGCUCUGCAGCUCCAACCGGCAGUGACAAGAAGGCAGAAGCUGGUGCUGGAGCAGCUACAGAGUUCCAGUUUGUGAGUGCUGACUUUGGUAGUUCACAAGGCUCCUGUGGUUGUCAUUAGCCUCUGUCAUGCUGUUCACCAGCUCACAGAAGGCAGCACUUAAGUGACAUGAUUAUGGCUAUGAUUUUGGUUAACAUGGAAGACAUUCAUUUUCCUUCACUUUCGUUACAGAGAGGUGGCUUUGGACGUGGCAGAGGACA